UCAUCACACACUGACAAUUCUCCAACGUCGACAUGUCUUGGGAAGAGAAAUGGGCGAAUGGACGUACUCACUGGGAUCAGGGCCUCGCGCAUCCUUCCCUGGUAGCGCUGCUGAAGAGUGAUGAGGGCAGGAAGCUCGUGCCGACUCAAGGUGUAGCCGUUAUUCCAGCUUGCGGCAGGGGGUACGAUGUUCACUUGCUAGCAACGCAUGGCCUCCGGGCUAUCGGCGUGGAAAUUUCCCCUACCGGUGCCGAGGCUGCUCGCAAGUGGCUACGCGAGCAAGCCGAUGGUCUUGGUCAGUACGAUAUAGUCGACGCAGAUUUCUUCAAAUGGGCAGAGGACUCAUCUUCACCUAAAGCCAACGUACUGCUGGACUACACAUUCCUCUGUGCCCUGGAUCCACACGACAGACCAAAAUGGAAGACUGCAAUGAGCGCCGCUGCAUCUCCAGCAACAGAAGCCACCCUUAUCACCAUCAUGUUCCCUCUCAAUAGCAACAGAGGUCCCACUGAGGGUCCGCCGUUCGCUUUGUCCUUGGAUCUGUAUCAUGAGCUCCUUGAUGACCGCUGGGAGCUAGUUUACUUGACUGAUAUUGAUAAAGGAAGUGGCAUGGGAAGACAUGUAGGACCUGCGGGCGAUGAAAAGCUUGGUAUCUGGAAGUACAGAGCGUAAUGGCUAUCACAAUGCAUUCUGUUCCGACAUGAAAAGCAGACGGCGGGCGCGCGCCGGUCAAUGUGACCUUACAAGGUGAUCUUGACAGUUUUGAUUUCGAAACCUCUGAAUUCCAAAUCAAUGAUAUCUCUCUCAACCUCGAGUGUGAGAUCCACUUCCUCGAUCGAAUCUUCGAGCACGUUGACAAGCUCGGCUUUGGAGAUUUGGAGAGGAUGU